AUGGCACCAGGAAACCACUCCAGAAGCCCUGAAUUUCUCCUCCUGGGACUGUCCAAGCAACCGGAGAUUCAGUCCUGCCUUUUUGGGCUGUUUUUAACUCUGUACCUGGUUACUGUAAGUGGGAACCUGCUCAUCAUCCUGGCCAUCCUCUCUGACCCACACCUCCACACGCCCAUGUACUUCUUCCUCUCCAAUCUGUCUUUGUCUGACAUCUGCUUUACUUCAACCACCAUCCCCAAGAUGCUGGUGAACACCCAGACGCAGAGCCGAGCCAUCAGCUAUGCUGGCUGCGUAGCCCAGAUGUACUUUUUCACAGUUUUUGGACUCCUGGACAACUUACUUCUAACUGUCAUGGCUUAUGACCGGUUUGUGGCCAUCUGUCACCCUCUGCGCUACAUGGACAUCAUGAACCCCCAGCUCUGCAUCCAACUGCUUCUGCUGGCCUGGCUCAUCAGCGCACUAGGGGCCCUCCCCGAGAGCCUGUCCACACUGCAGCUUUCUUUCUGCACCGUUGUGGAAAUCCCACACUAUUUCUGUGAACUCCCUGCAAUCCUCAAACUUGCCUGCUCCGACACCUUCGUCAACACCCUCAUCUUGUACGCUGUCACAGGUGUCAUGGGCUUUUUCCCUCUGGCAGGCAUUCUUUUCUCCUAUUCCCAGAUUGUGGCUUCUGUCCUGAGGAUCUCCUCCACAGGGGGGAAACGUAAGGUGUUCUCCACCUGUGGGUCUCACCUCUCGGUCGUUUCCUUGUUUUAUGGAACCUGCCUGGGGGUCUACCUCAGUUCCACCUGGACACAAGCGUCUCAUGUGGGGGUGUUUGCUUCGGUUCUGUACACAGUGGUCACCCCCAUGCUGAACCCCUUCAUCUACAGUCUGAGAAACAGGGACAUGAAGGGAGCCCUGAGCAAGCUUAUGGGUAGCCUGUUGUCACGGUGA